CUUUUCUUCUUUAUUUCAAACCAUGAGUAGUAUUUAUGUACCGUUUGAAGACCAAAAGAAACAAGAUGCAUCAAUUACACUUCGAGCAAUGGGGAUCCAAUUGGGUAUUAACGUUGGAACAGCACUUGCAGUUAUGAUUGGAUUCAGCUUAUUAAGACCUAGAAAUUCAUUAGUCUAUGCACCAAAAUUAAAAUUUUCUGCAAAAGGAUCUCAACCUCCUUCAAUAAAUUCUAACGAAUGGUUUGCUUGGGUAAAACCAAUUCUACGGAUACCAGAUGAUCAACUAUUAAAAUUAAUUGGAUGCGAUGCUCUUUUAUUUAUUCGAUUCACUCGUCUUUUAAGAAAACUUUUCUUUUUUAUGACUCUAAUUGGUGUUUGUGCAUUAAUUCCAAUAAAUAUAGUAGCAACUAAAUUAACAGGACAAUGGCCUCCACCUUCUGGCAGUAUUGACAUUUUAUCGAUUGCAGGUAUCAAUCUUCAUAAUGGAAAAUUACGUACAGAUCCAAAUACUGCUUGGUAUUGGUCACCGUUUGCUGCUACUUGGCUAUUUUCAAUCAUGAUUGCUUAUUUCAUGUAUAAAGCUUCAUGCGAUUACAUCAAAAUGCGUCAAUAUUAUUUUCGAUUACCUGAGAAUGAAAUCACAAUGAAAUCCUUAAUUGUCAGUCGUAUCCCUGAAACAAUGAGAUCUGAUGACAAGUUAAAAACAUGGAUAGAGUCCACAAAAGCGAUUAAAUACCCUAUUAAAGAUACUAUGAUUGGCUAUCAUAGUUCAAAAUUAACUGAGUUAUUCGAAAAACACGAAAUAGCAGUACAAAAUUUAGAAACUACGUUGGCAUCUUACUUGAAUGAUGGUAAAGAUUCAAACUUAAAAAAUAAAAAAAGACCUACAGUUCGUAUAGGGAGUCGCUUCUUUUGCUUUGGUGGUCAAAAAGUAGAUGCGAUCGACUAUUAUACAAAGGAGGUAUCAGAGUUAGAAAAGGAAAUCAAUGAUUUACGAAAGAGUCAAAAGGCGAAAACUGCUCAUUACGGUUGGGUCUCAUUUGAUAGGAUUGAAUGGGCUCAUGCUACAGAACAAUCUUUAAAAAAGGAGUUAAAUAUUCGUCUAUCACCUACUCCAUCUAACCUUGUUUGGUCUAAUUUACCAUUAGAUGAAAAGACUCGCAAAACAAAACGUUGGAUCGGUCAUGCUGUUUAUUGGGUUUUCGUAUUUGCUUGGAUGAUCCCCAUGGGUACCCUCUCAGCGACGUCUAAUAUCAUUAACCUCAUUCGUCUCAUUCCUAAUUCAGCUGCCUUUAUUGAACACCAUCAAAUCUUAAUGGGUAUCAUUCAGUCUUAUUUUACACCCAUCAUCAUGGCCUUCUUCUUUUAUUUACUACCCAUUAUUUUUCGCUUUUUAUCUAAACAUCAAGGUUAUUGGACACAGACAAGUCUGGAUCGUAAAGUGUUGACAAAACUGUAUAUCUUUUUCAUUAUCAACAAUCUUUUAGUCUUCACACUUACAUCUAUGUUUAUCGGUAUCUAUGGCCAAUUACGAUCUUUGGUGGAGUCAGGUACUUUACCUGGGGGUCAUCAGGGUAUCAGUCUCACCGGAUACGUGAUGCAGGUUGCAAAGAAUAUUGCAGAUGUCUCUACAUUUUGGAUCAACUUUGUUUGUCUUAAAUCUCUAGGACUCACGAUGGAUCUUGCCAUGGUUGUCCCUCUCGUGACUAUUACCGUACGAAAAUUCUUAACUCGUCCGAGUCCUCGAGAGAUACGAGAGAUGGCAAGGCCCCCAUUCUUUGAUUAUCCUCAAAAUUAUAAUCUUCUCUUGUUUUUCUUUACCAUCGCUCUUGUCUAUUCUGCCAUGUCUCCCUUAAUCUUACCUUUUGCUUUUGUUUAUUUCUGUGUUGCGGGCUUGGUCUUCAAGUACAUGCUGAUGUAUAUCUAUGUCACUAAAAUAGAAAGUGGCGGUAAGAUUUGGCCUGUUCUAUUUCAGAUCGUCAUGACGUCCGUCAUCUUCUUUCAAGUAACCAUGAUCAUCAUCCUGACCUUGAAGAACGGUUACCUCCAGGCUUAUAUCCUCAUUCCUUUACCUAUCCUUACCUUGAUCUUUCAAUAUGUCUAUUAUCGUCGUAUGCAUCGUCUUGGAUCUUAUCUGUCGGGUACUGAGCCUAUCCAUCCUGUUGCUAUAGACGAAUCAUUUAUGGGUGAUCAGGAUCACCUGAAGAAAGAAAAGACGAAAAAGAAAAAGCAGAGUCUCGAGAGUCAAUUCCAAGAUCCUGCAUAUCAUGAUCAAUUAUUAGUACCAACCGUUCAUGAUGACGUGAAGCAUCUUUUAAAGGAGGUCUACCAUAACGACAAGGGGGAAACCUAUCAGGAUACGAAAGGGGACCACCCACACCAUCUAUUUCACGAAACGAUCGAGAUGGCUGAAGAUGUCGGUAAACGUAUACUUUAUGACAUGGAUCUGAAUGAAAAUAAGGGAUUCUAUCGUCAUUCUCAUCGAAUGACGCUUUACGAUAAUAACAAUCAACAUUGUCCCAUUCAAUUUGACACCAUCACAGAGAAUGAUAUCUUGUUAGAGGAAUUGAGUGAUAGUCAUGAUGAAGUGCCUCUAUCAAAGAGUUUUAGAAAGGUAUCAAAUGAGGAUAAUAAAGCAGAAGAAAAUGUUGAAACAUUAGCGCUCUUGGCAAGAGAGAAUACAGAACAGUCCUCUUCCUCUAAUGGUCACUACGACUAUGAUCAUGACAGUAGUAUCCUCUAUAAUCAUACUGAACCUUUAGUAGUAGCAGCACUUGAACCAUCCUCCUUUUUAUCCCCACCACCUUUACCUGCACAUAACCCGCCCCUUAUGAAACGUCAAUUACAACAACGACAGGAACGCAAUGUGACCUCAGAAUACAUUGAAUUAUAUUCUUCAUUUACACCUACUGCAAGUGCCGUUGAAUUAAAUACGAAUCAUCAUGAUCUUGUUCCAUCUGUAAUUGAGGAAAAGAUACUGAUAGAAGAAGACGACGACGACGUCGACGAUUUGGAUGAGUCGACGACAUCGGAUAUGAAUACUCAAAUACUUUAUAAAAGAUAUUCAGCGCCCAUUUUCAAAUCAGAGGAUUCAAUAGAGGAAGAAGUAGGUCAUGCUCAACGUUAUUCUUUACCACCCAAUCAUCAUUUUCAAUUUUAUCAACCUUCAUUAGCCAUAACUGUAGAUGAAUCACAAGAUGAUGGAGAGUCCAUUCAAUUAAAACGACCAUCAAGUCUUCCAGAUAUAUUGAAUCAUACUCAUAAAAAUAAUUCAUCAUCUUUACAAAGAAGUAAAACGAUGCCAACACAACAAUCGCAGUAUUCUCAAGAAUUAGAAAAUCCCUUUGAAGACUGUCAUUGUAUAGAAAAAUCACGAAACUCUAUUUCUUGACACUCAUAGCUCCCCCUUUUUUUCAUUAUAAAACUUGAUUCUUUUCUCUUCUAAUAGAUCUAUUAUGUCAAAAAAAAA